AUGUCUGAGCAGACAUGUGUGUUAAUAGGAUAUUUUCUUUUGUUUACUGUUAUCAGGAUCUUGUCUAAUCACAGUUAUGUAUUUGCCUACAGUUUCUCUGAGUGUUAUGUCAGAAUCAAAGAAGAUUUUCACCAUGAAGGAGAUGUGGUCAUGGGUGUAUUUUUCCCAGUUCAUACUAUCUACACAAGCAAAAAAGUUCCACAUCCUAAUCUGCUAUACUAUUUCACUGAUGUUCACAUACAGUACAAUUUUAAAAUAUACCAGUUGGUACUGUCCCUGGUGUUUGCCAUUGAACAGAUUAACAGGAACCCUCAUCUUUUACCCAACAUAUCUCUGGGAUUUGAUUUUUAUAAUGUCCCAUACAGUGAGAAAAACAUUCUUAUGAAUCCCCUUAUUUGGCUCACAGGGCUGAGUAGUCCCUACUGUAAUUAUAACUGUGUAAAAAAGAGAGUGUCAGCUGCUGUACUAACAGGACCAUCGUGGGCAAAAUCUGCUCAUAUUGAGACUCUGCUUCAGCUCUACAAAUUUCCACAGCUCACUGUUGGUCCUUUUGAUCCUAUCCUCAGUGACCAAAGUCAGUUUACUUCUCUCUACCAGAUGGCCCCCAAAGGCACAUCUCUGUCUCUUGCCAUGGUCUCUCUGAUUGUUCAUUUUGGCUGGACCUGGGUUGGUUUACUUAUCCCAGAUGAUCACAGAGGGACUCGGUUUCUAUCAGAUAUCAGAGAAAAGAUGGAGAAAAAUCAAGUCUGCAUAGCUUUUGUUGAAAUGAUCCAAAGUACAUGGAAUUCAUUGUCAUACAAAUACUGGAAAGGUCUUGGCAUGGUCCAGGAAUCAUCAGCCAAUAUCAUCAUCAUUUAUGGUGACAAUGAUUCACUACAAGGUUUAAUGCGAAAUCUAGGGCAACAGAUUUUGACAAGGAAAGUUUGGCUCAUGACCUCUGAAUGGGACCUUACUAAUAUCGCUGAUUAUUUUUUGCUGGAUUCAUUCCAUGGAAGUCUCAUUUUUUCACAACACCAUGAACAGGUCAUUGAAUUUAAAAAUUUUAUCCAAACAGUUAAUCCUUAUAAAUACCCAGAAGACAAUUACCUUCCUAAAUUGUGGAUGAUGUUCUUCAAGUGCUCAUUUUCAGAACUGGAUUGUCAUCUUUUGGAGAACUGCCAUCCCAAUGCUUCCUUGGAAUUUCUGCCUAGAAACAUUUUGGACACAGCAAUGAAUGAAGACAGCUAUAAUACAUACAAGGCUGUUUAUACUGUGGCCCAGAGUCUCCAUGAGAUGAGUCUUCAGCAAGUACAAAUGCAACCAUUUGGAAAUGGGGAAAAAAUGGUGUUCUGCCCCUGGCAGCUGCAUCCUUUCUUGAGGAAUAUCCAUGCGGGAGCCAACAUGGCUCUAGAAUGGAAACAGAAGCUACAUGAUACUAAGUAUGAUAUUCUCAACUUUUGGAAUUUUCCAAAGGGCCUUGUGCGAAAAGUGAAAGUUGGAACAUUUUCACCCAGUUUUCCCCAGGGUCAACAGUUGUCUUUGACUAAGCAGAUGGUACAAUGGCCAAAAGGAUAUUCAGAGACUCCGCAUUCUGUAUGCAGAGAGAUCUGUGGUCCUGGAUUCAGGAAAAUUUCCCUAGAGGGCAAGGCUGUUUGCUGCUAUGAUUGCACACCUUGUGCAGACAAUGAGAUUUCCAAUGAGACAGCUGAUAUGGAAAAGUGCAUGAAAUGUCCAGAAAGUCAUUAUGCAAACACAGAGAAGAAGCAUUGCCUACAGAAAUCUGUGAGUUUUCUCGACCAUAAGGACCCCUUGGGGAUGUCUCUCACAAUCAUAGCUCUCUGCUUCUCUGUACUCACAGCUGUGGUUCUUGCACUAUUUGUGAAGCACAGAGACACUCCAAUUGUCAAGGCUAAUAAUAGGACCCUCAGUUACAUGUUGCUCAUCACACUCACUGUUUCUUUUCUCUGUUCUUUCCUCUUCAUUGGCCGUCCCAACACCACAACCUGUAUCCUGCAGCAGAUCACAUUUGGAGGUGCUUUCACUGUGGCUCUGGCCACUGUGUUGGCUAAAGCUAUCACUGUGCUUAUUGCCUUCAAGGUCACUUUUCCAAGGAAAGUGGUGAGGUGGUUAAUAAUAUCAAAGGCUCCAAACCUUAUAAUCCCCAUAUGUACUCUGGUCCACCUUGUCCUCUGUGGAAUCUGGCUAGGAACCUCUCCUCCCUUCCUUGACAAAGAUGCUCAUGCUGAACAUGGACAUAUCAUACUUGUAUGUAACAAGGGCUCAGAUCUUGCCUUCCAUGGUAUACUUGGAUACCUCUGUUCCUUGGCAAUUGGAAGUUACAUUGUGGCUUUCUUGUCCCGGAAUCUGCCAGACACAUUCAAUGAAGCCAAGUUCCUAUCAUUUAGCAUGCUGGUGUUCUUCUGUGUCUGGGUCACAUUCCUCCCUGUCUACCACAGCACCAAGGGGAAGGUCAUGGUGGCUAUGGAAGUCUUCUCUAUCUUGGCUUCUAGUGCAGCCCUCCUUGGUUUCAUUUUUGCCCCUAAGUGUUAUAUAAUCUUAGUAAGGCCAGAUAAGAACUCAUCCAGUCAUCUUCAAAGGCAUAAAAAAACACAUACUAGAGAGAAACUCUUUUGA